CUUCCCGGAGCACCUUACCGAGCCGGCGACAUAUCUUCCAAAAGCCACCGCAGCCACCACCAUCAUCAAUAACAUCGUCAUCCUCUCCGUCUCCGUCUCCGUCUCCGACUCCAAUUUUCCUCGGCGGAUAUGGGCAUUGCAAUGUAUACGCUCCGGAAGCAGCCUUCCUCCGGAGUUGGGGCCAUGGAAGCGAAAGCUCUAGCAAGCCCGUCAGAAUCAAGUGAUGCUGGGGGUUGCCUGGAGGACUUAAAUGAUGAUGAAAAUUCAUAUGCAUCUGGUUGCAGAUCGAACUUGCAAUGCAGGUUUCUGCAGAAUUUGUGAAUGUUAUUAUAUCUUUGUUUGAAAUUGGUAAGUUUGCCCUUUAAGUUCAUAUACUAUUGUUAAUGCAGUAGUUGUUUGUCUGUCGACUUUUAGGAAAGUUGCAUCAACAGGGAGGUGGAUAGAUGAUUUGGGAAUGGCUGAGCUAGUGCUAAGGAAGGGUAAUACAUGGAAUUCAACUGGAAUCAUUCGUAAUGGCAAAGUCUUGUGCUUUAUUGAAGAAACUCUGUUUUUGGCUGAAAUUGGAGCUUUUAAGAUUUUAAAUGAUGAUAAUACAAUCCUUCCCAUGAGGGAAAUUUACGGUAAAGCCCUAGAAGCAAAAAAUGGAUGUUUAUGGGAGUCUUUUGAAGCGUAUAAGCGCUUAAAGAGUCUUGGUUAUAUCAUCGGUCGCCAUGGUAUAAGUUGGAGCGUGAAGAGUGUCGGAACUAUUUUGCCUCCAGAGGGUUUAUCAGAUAUCGAUAAGAAAGAUUUUGAAUCAAUUGAAAGUACUCAUAUAAGCAAGACGUUCACUGGGAUGCAAAGGAAGGAAGUGCAGCCAAUUUUUGAUGUUUACAAUCCGAGUAGCAAGUUUAAGAAGUCUUCCCCUGGCCAUCCAUCUUUUGUGCUCUGUCUUGCUAGAGGCCAACCACCUUCAAAACAAGAGGUUGAGGACCUCGAGAACCGUUGUGGCUGCCCUUUAAAGUUCUGUAAAGUUGAUGUUGGACGUACAAGUUUCUUUUCGAUUGAUAGAGUGGAGCUUCCUGCACUUCCAUGAUCAUCUCAGUCUGCAUAUAUGUAUAGAAAGGAUGAGAGAAGUGAUGCUGCAGAGCGCUUGAACCCUUUUGCUUAGUAGUGCCACAUAUAAGAACAGAGAUGUGUUGGAGAUUUUUACAUUGAGAAGGUGCUUGAGCAAAUCAACACCAGUUUCAUCUAAGACCAGACCAAAGCAAAACAGUUCACUUUUUGUUAGACUGUUUAACCAACUUUAUUAAUUAGAGGUUGGUAAUUGCAGCUGGUUACAUGUCUAUAGAUACUAACUACACUCGAAUUAGCAAGAAAGACUGGUUUACUUUUCCACUGCUAAACAUAUGUUCUUUGAAGGGAAAAUUACACAAUUUUAGAAAUGAAGUACAUCACAAUCCUUUUCUUUUUUUUUCUUUUUUUUUUUUUUUUUUGGUUUU